AUGGGUCGCCGUCUUCUCUUCCUCGUCAUGAUUGCCGUUGCCUCUCACGUUCUCGCCACCCCCAUUGACGACUUUGAGCUCGUGGUCCGCGAAUCUGAAGCGUACAAGUCAUUUACCAGCGACUGCGAGCGCUGUCCAAUCGCAGGCGCAAAAGGCACUGGGUGUUGGGGUAAUAUUGGCCCAUCGGCCGUCCGGCAAUCGCUCUGCAAAGAUAAAGUAUGUUUCUGCAACCCUGACAAGAUGGCAGAGAACGCAAAGUACAUAUACGACUUCGCGAUGGCGGCGUGUAAGAUGGAGUCGUCUGCGCAAAUUGCGAGGGAUGGGUAUACCGAGUAUUGUGGGGCUGCUGAAGGCAAUACGACGCAAACCGUUUCUCCAACAUCGUCACCAACAAGCGAUCCGACCACCCUUCCUACGCACUCCGCGCCCCCUCUGGGUCCUGCAGAGAUUGCUAGUAUCGUGGUCCCAGUCAUCGGCGUGGUAGUUGCAAUAAUAACAGCUAUUUGGGCCCCUGCUACAGUUUUGCGCUUCAUUACAUGUGGUUGCAGAUCGCCAAACAAAAGUAACCGCGAUAUGCGCAUGCGGAUGGUGGGAGGCAAAAAGCAGGGCGCGGAAUCAUAA